CGUGGGCCAAUCGGAAGAGCCCUGAUUUGGCGGGAGUCUUGACCUCCGCCGGGGCCUGGGUGUCUCAGCGCGAGCUCUGGGUGUUUGGCCGCCGUGGUCAUGUUUGUGUCCGAUUUCCGCAAAGAGUUCUACGAAGUGGUCCAGAACCAGAGGGUCCUUCUCUUCGUGGCUUCGGACGUGGACUCUCUGUGCGCUUGCAAGAUCCUUCAGGCCCUGUUCCAGUGUGACCACGUGCAGUAUACGCUGGUUCCAGUUUCUGGGUGGCAAGAACUUGAAACCGCAUUUCUUGAACAUAAAGAACAAUUCCAUUAUUUUAUCCUCAUAAACUGUGGAGCUAACAUAGACCUAUUGGAUAUCCUUCAACCCGAUGAAGAUGCCGUAUUUUUUGUGUGUGACACCCAUAGGCCAGUCAAUGUCGUGAAUGUAUACAAUGAUACCCAGAUCAAAUUACUCAUUAAACAAGAUGAUGACCUUGAAAUUCCUGCCUAUGAUGACAUCUUUAGGGACGAAGAGGAGGAUGAAGAACAUUCAGGAAAUGAAAGGGACGAGUCAGAGCCUUCUGAGAAGCGCACACGUUUAGAAGAGGAGAUUGUGGCGCAAACCAUGAAGAGGAGGGAGCGAAGAGAGUGGGAGGCCCGGAGAAGAGACAUCCUCUUCGACUAUGAGCAGUAUGAAUAUCAUGGGACUUCCUCAGCCAUGGUGAUGUUUGACCUGGCAUGGAUGAUGUCCAAGGAUCUGAAUGACAUGCUGUGGUGGGCCAUCGUUGGACUAACAGACCAGUGGGUGCAAGACAAGAUCACUCAGAUGAAGUACGUGACCGACGUCGGUGUCCUACAGCGCCAUGUGUCCCGGCACAACCACCGGGAUGAGGACGAGGAGAACGCCCUCUCUGUGGACUGCAUGCGCAUCUCCUUCGAGUACGACCUCCAUCUGGCGCUCUACCAGCACUGGUCCCUCCAUGACAGCCUGUGCAACACGUGCUACACUGCAGCCAGGUUCAAGCUGUGGUCUGUGCAUGGGCAGAAGAGGCUCCAGGAGUUCCUUGCAGACAUGGGUCUCCCCUUGAAACAGGUGAAGCAGAAAUUUCAGUCCAUGGACAUCUCCUUAAAGGAGAAUUUGCGGGAGAUGAUUGAAGAGUCUGCAAAUAAAUUUGGGAUGAAGGACAUGCGCAUACAGACUUUCAGCAUUCAUUUUGGCUUCAAGCAUAAGUUCCUGGCCAGUGAUGUUGUCUUUGCCACGAUGUCACUGAUGGAGAGCCCCGAGAAAGACAGCUCAGGGACAGAUAACUUCAUCCAGGCUCUGGACAGUCUCUCCAGGAGUAACCUGGACAAGCUGUACCUCGGCCUGGAACUUGCCAAGAAGCAGCUGCGAGCUACUCAGCAGAUCAUUGCCAGCUGCCUCUGCACCAACCUCGUCAUCUCCCAGGGGCCUUUCCUCUACUGCUCCCUCAUGGAGGGCACUCCAGAUGUCGUGCUAUUCUCCAAGCCAGCGUCCCUGAGCCUGCUCAGCAGACACCUGCUCAAGUCCUUUGUGUGUUCGGACUCCCCCCUUACCUCCUCCCUGCCGACUCACCUGGCAUUCAGGCAGGGUCCCUACCCCGAUAACGUUGGCUUCUCCCCAGGUAUGGUUGAGGAAAGGAUGAUCCCACACAUUUCAGCAAAGUCUUACUUUGCUUCCAGGAUGAAGGUUUACAUGGGGGCUAGUUUAAAAAACAUAUUGAAUAGGAGGUUGAUGUUAUACUACUGAAAUGACCAAGAUAUGAUUAUCUGAGUGUUAUGUGAAGACAGUCAAUUAAUGACAAAAGGUAAAACAGGCAAACCAUGAAUUCUAAAGUCCUCUAAGCUGGGUUUAAAUCUCAGCUUCCUCAUUUACCACUUGUUUGAUGUGAGGUCAAUUAUUUGACCCCCUAAGCCUCAGUUUCCGCAUCUGUAGAAUGGGUGAGCAAAUACCUACUUCAUAGGUCCAUUCAUUUAUCAGACGUUUAUUAAGCAUCCACUAUCUGCUGGGCACUGAUGUCCUUCAGUCCUGGACAGACCAUGACAGUUGGUCACCUUCAUUGGGUGUGGGUGCCGUGGGCACAGCAGUGAAGGAAACACUCCAGUCUCCAUGUUGAGUAAGCACACCUGCUAGCAAGAGGAACAGACGAGGAAUGAGUACAUGCAGUGUCGGGUAUGGUACACGCCAUAGAGAAGAUGAAGCCAGAUGAGGGCGAAGGGCUUGGUUGGGGAGGGCCUUCUGGAGGAGGUGAUAACUAUGUCAGGACUAAAAGGAGGUGAGAGAGGGAACAGCUAAGGGGCAGUGGGGCCAUGACCCGCAGCACAAAAGCCCUGUGGUGGCUUGUCGGGGUUUAAACCUCUCUUCUGGUGAAAUGGAGGCUUUGGUGGAGGGAGCAGUUCCUACUGUCAAGAUUCUGGGCGCUGAGUGCUACUC